CUCUCAGGCUGAACUCAGGGCGGACUCUCUCCUCUGAUGAGAUGUGUCUCCUCCUGCGGAGCUGCUGAGCUCCCCGGCCCGCUGAUCACAUGACAGAACUAACCAGCGAGCUAACAUGCUAGCUCUGGAUGUCAGAUCUGCUGUCAGCGGCUACAAACGCCCGGAAUAGCUUCCCCUAACUAGCAGGUCGUAACACAGUCGUGGAGUUCCAGGGUGUUGGUGGGAACUUUUAUUCAUCGGGAGCCUGUGACUCCUGAAAGCACUGACUCUUUGCUUUCACACAAAGUUGUUGCUGAUCAUGGGAGACCAUUUUUGCUUGAUAGAAAGGGACUUGUCUUUUUCCCUGCUCACUCUCUUCAAGAAAUCAAGUCAUUAGACUUCUGCCCAAUUAGCCUCAGGGGAUUUGGACAUCUUCAGGAAACACCAAGGCCAGCAAGUCCUCCAUCAGCACAGGGAUCUCAACAGACAGAGGUGGUGGACACACAUGGGCAAGAUGGAGAGGCGAUAGAUAAGACAUCAACUUCAGAGGUGAGGUACUCGUUGAUUUCGUAAUGACAAGCUGCUGUGCAGAAGAUGUCCACGCUGUCUGUGACUGAUAUCCCAGAUGUUGGUCAUGAUGAGAGUAAGGUGUUUGGUGGGGCCUCUGAGCUGCAGCUGGACUGCUUGGUUGAGGAGAGCAGUGGAAGCACCGCAAUGAAGCACGAAGGCCUGCUGUCACUGGCUGACCUCUCCCAGCCAGAUGACUUCCCCGUCCCCCCUCAUAAUGGCCCUGCACUGAGUGAGAUGAGCAGCCCUCUGCUGGUUGAGCCCUGUGAUAUUAAACAGGAUCCAUCUGCAGGUGACACGAAUCCCAGCAUAGAUGGUCAGCCGGUGAAGAGAAAGAAGGGACCUGCGCCAAAGAUGCUGGGCAAUGAGGUGUGCAGUGUAUGCGGUGACAAGGCCUCUGGUUUCCACUACAACGUGUUGAGCUGUGAAGGCUGCAAGGGCUUCUUUCGACGCAGCGUCAUUAAAAGUGCCCAGUACUCCUGCAAGAACAACGGGCGCUGUGAAAUGGACAUGUAUAUGCGCCGCAAGUGCCAGCAGUGCCGCCUGCGCAAGUGUCGGGAGGCAGGCAUGCUGGAGCAGUGUGUGCUCUCUGAGGAACAAAUUCGACUGAAGAAGAUGAAGAAGCAGCACGAGGAGGAAACGGCCCGCACGUCCACAGUGGUCACCCCAACCCCUCUGCAGGAAAUUGCCUCACUGGAUCCCCAGCAGCAGGAGAUGAUCGAGAAGCUGGUGGCCAUGCAGAAGCAAUGCAACAAGAGGUCUUUCCUGGACCGACCAAAAGUGACGCCUUGGCCCCAGAGUCAGGACUUGCAGAACCGUGAAGUGCGUCAGCAGCGGUUUGCCCACUUCACAGAGCUUGCGAUCAUGUCAGUCCAGGAGAUUGUGGAUUUUGCGAAGCAGCUUCCUGGUUUCCUGGAGCUCACAAGGGAGGACCAGAUCGCUCUUCUGAAGACGUCUACCAUUGAGAUUAUGCUGCUUGAGACAUCUCGGCGGUACAACCCUACUAUUGAUAGCAUAACUUUUCUGAAGGAUUUCAGUUAUAACAAGGAGGAUUUCGCCAAAGCAGGACUUCAGAUAGAGUUCAUUAACCCCAUUUUUGAGUUCUCAAAAGGAAUGAACGACCUGCAUUUGGACGAAGCUGAAUACGCCCUGCUCAUUGCCAUCAACAUCUUUUCUGCAGAUCGCCCAAAUGUACAGGAUCACGAUCUGGUGGAGAGGUUGCAGCAGCCCUAUGUUGACGCACUGCGCUCUUACAUCAUGAUAAAGAGACCAAAUGAUCACUUGAUGUUUCCCCGUAUGCUGAUGAAGCUGGUGAGCCUUCGUACACUAAGUAGCGUUCACUCGGAGCAGGUUUUCGCCCUUCGCCUCCAGGAUAAGAAGCUUCCCCCGCUGCUCUCUGAAAUCUGGGAUGUCAAUGAAUGACUGCAAACCUGACGUCCCUCUCUGAGUCUCCAUGAAGGCUGAGACAGACCUGGCACCGAGCAAAAAAAAAAACCCAACAGACUCUUUUCUGCCCAUCUGGUCAGGGAUUGGUUAAAGCGUUUGAAGUUUGUUUUUUUUUCUGGUGGGAGGAGAGCAACAUUGCCCUUUGCUCUCAAACAGACUGUUGAAUAGUUUGAGUUUAUGGAGACAAACAUGGACAUCCAGUUUUCUUUGAGCCUGUCAUUGGUCUUUGAGGAGAUGCUGAUAUGAUUUGGCGAUAUUGAAUACCAGCAUCAGGCUGUCUAGCCAGUUAUCUUUGAUAUAAUAUUUGUUGAAAGUUAUGAUCUCUAGUGCAGUUCUGAACUCAUCCUCUCAUAAUUAGAAUCAAACAUCUAAGGAGGUUUUGGCCCCGGCCACCUCAAAUGCCAGAUUUACAGCUGCACAUUCAGUUAGAAUUGGGAUUUUUGCAGUAGGUGAAAAUGGAUGCAGAGCUAAGCAUGAACAGAUCCAGAUCUGCUCUUCACUUUAUUGGUGUUUGGAUAAAAAUGUAGACUAUCUGGUUGGUAUUGUGCAUUGUGAUAUGGCAUCAAAAAGCUUGUGUUCCUUUUGGAGUAACUGCAGAAAUUGAUGGGUUGGUGUAGUCGCUCAGGUAAAGUAAUGUGAAGUAGACCUCUGGGAUCUAGAGGCUUCUUUAAUUUCUAUUAGAUUAAUUUUCUUCCAAGUGCAUAAUGGACCCUUUUGGUCAUUUGUAGAUGCCCAUUAACCUUCAUGUAAAAUUGUAUAUUUAUUUUCACAAGCAGAAUGUGUAGAGUGCACACAUGAAAAGUAUCCUCAAGAUUGUACAAUCACAUACUAACGCACAACAAAGUAGAACCCCAGCAGGAGACUGACCAACUGUCCCCACAUUUACAGGAAAUUGUGAUGCAACAGAACAUUUUUUUUAUUUUCCAAACGGAGCACUGAUGCUGAGAAUUUGGUGGUACUGAAAUGUGCUCAGAUUCCAUGUAAGGAUUACAUUUUGUUUAAAAAGGAGUUCAAGCUAACUCCUUUCCAACCUCCUUUUUAAGGGAAUAAAAGACAAACUGACAAAGUUGUAUCCAGAGAUCAUACUAGAAAUAAUUCCCUCUCAUAACUUUUUGUUUGUGUAAGAUGUACUUCUAUUCAUUUCAUUGCAAACAAGUUUGGUUAUAUACUUUUUUUCAAUUCCACAGCAUUUAAAGUUGAGAGAAAUGUAUAAGCAACAAACAUAGAGUUUGGGCCGGAUUUUGAGUUUUUCGCAGCCUUUUAUUUUUAAUAAUAUACUCUGUGAAUGAAACUGAAGACAGGAUCUAAAUUACAGAUGAAACAUUAGUGUCAUUCAAUAGUGUAUCGCCGUCUUGAGUAUCAUCCUUGAACAGGUACUCAACCCCAACAGCUUUAACUGGGUAGAUUUUGGGAAGCCUUGCUUAAAACUACCAAAAUCCACAAACAUCAAGCAGAGAACAACAGGACAUGAGUAGAAAAUAAACUUUAUAACUACAUGAUGCUUUUUCCAUGAAUUCUACUGUGCAGUUUAAACUUGAAAUACAUAACAUGCUAUAUGAAUGUCAAAGAAAAUUCUAAACUGCAGACUGUUUCUGACCAUUUCCGGAAAUCACCUUUGGUUAUCAAUACUGUGGAUGUUAAAUAUCUGCUCUGUCCUAACACAAACGGUUUCAACCAUUUCAGCUUUUCACCUCCGGUAUAUUGAGGCAUUAUUUGAAUGCUUUCCACCAUUUUCAGAAGCAUUUUUAUUGUCUUUAAUUAAUAAAAUUACUUUUAACAGCUGAAACAUUACAGCUAAGAUGGGGUGUUGAUUAUUUGCAUACAAACAGAAACACAAGUACAAGAUUUGCAGUAACGCAGGAACACCUGGUUUCCUCCUUAAUGAUAGGCUGGCCUCGGUUCAUUUUAAUUCCAAUUCUCUAAUUUAUUAACAAUACUUAGUGUGAAGCAUUUGGUGAUUCAAGUGUUUAAAUUCAGCAUUAGUCCUGUGCUGUCUUUGUUUUAACUUCACCCACCUACAUGUCUGUAUUGCAUAAUACUUUUAUUGGAGUUGAUGCCCUGAUGCUGUCCUGGCAAUUGGAUGAACUUCCAUUUUAAUGGGCCUUUUUUCACAGCAGACAUUUUAGAGUAAGGUUUCUAAAAAAAUGAAUAAUAGCUCCAUUGAAUCAAUUUGUCUGAAUUAAACCAUGUUGAUAGCACAUGAGUAAAAUGCAGAAAAAGGUCUAUUUUUAUGUUUCCCUUCACAGUAACACUUUAGGGCAACAUUGAGUAUCUGCUUGUUAGCAUGCAAAUGAGUACUGUGUUUAACACUGUCAUGUAAAUGCCCAAACCCUCCUAAUAAUAGGGGUGGGACAGAAUAUUAAUCCCACAAUAUGCUGGUGUCCUGAUAAAUGCAAUACAAAUAUACUGUGUCCCUCUUAACACCUCUUCUACCACCGCCAUAGUUCUACUUUAUGACUCUUCCCUGUGGCGCAUAUGACAUCAAUCUGGCCUUUUUUCUCUCGUAGCAUUUUGUAUUCAUCAGCCAAUUCGGUAUUGCAUUGUAUCUUAUAUGAUUUAAUAGAAUGCUUAUUGUGGGCCACAUACCAGGCAACAUAAUGGGACUAACCCUGCAAUUUCCACUCUCACUUAAUCAUAUAUUACUCUGAAUGAUUAUAUGACUCAAGUACGACACUAUUAACUAACUGUUUUUUUUACCAAAUACAGUCUCAAUGGCAACAGA